CACUGAUUUGGCAGCAAUGAAAGGUGGCACUGAUUGGCAUUGAUAGGUGGCAUGACUGGCACUGAUGGGUGGGACAUUGAAAGGCAGCUCAGAUGGGCACUGAUAUGUGGCAUUGAUGUGCAUUGGGUAUGCACUGAUAUGUGGCAUUGAUGUGGCACAGAUGAGCAUUGCACGUGGCACUGAUGGACACUGGCACAUGGCACUGAUGAGCACUGACAGGUGGCACUUCUGGGGCCACACUGAUCAUCAGGGCACACACAUCAUCAGUGCCCUGAUGAUCACUGUCACGCUGCAUUUCUAUGUUUAUAUGUGAUCAGCUGUGAUUGGA